CAAACCGCUUUGGAUGGCAAUCCUAACAUAACUUCUGACUACGUACAAUACAAUCAUAACACACCGAUUCCUUUUCAGGAAGGCAGGACCAAAAAAUAAUCAAAUCGAUUAACAAGAGCAACCAACUACAAUGAGAUUUACUUCUGUUCUUUUCCAAGCGGCGAAGAAAGGAACCAGAAGCUCGACGAGCGGCCGAAACAUAAAGUCCCUCGCCCUGAGCGUCUAUUUUAAGCAACCCGACUUGGGAAUGAAAGAUUACGAGAUCCUCAGUCGCGCGUCCGCGUUCUUGUUGGCGGUAGACCCUGAUCCAUCGAGUGGUAAAACCAGUGGUCCAUACGAUCAUCUAGAGAAGAACGAACGAGAUCGAAUCCUCAAGAUGCACAAACAAGGAUCGAAGUACACACCUGCAGGCCAUCCAGGAGACCAACGGUCUUUGCAAGAACUUGGCUGGCUCGAAUAUGCUCCAAGAGAAGUGAGACCUACAGUACAUUGCGUUUGCUCGAGUCAUGUGCUGUCGCCUUAUUUGUGGAAAGAUUAUUAUCCGCAAGACUGGUUGAACAAAGUCCGACAGGAACAUUGGUGAGUGAACAAAGAAAACUCGUUGUUUGGUCUGAUUUCUGUUUUUGGGUUUUUAAAGGAGACAGUCUGGAUACAUAUCAUUGUUUUCUUUACCUGUAGCCUAAUAUUCGAUUUUGAUUACAGCGCAUACUCGUUGGAGGUGUUUGAUAACGAUCCCGAAACAAUGGAAACGGUGUCGUUGGGAAAGUUUGCACUGAAUCCAUAUCCCAUCCACCAUCCCGAAGGAAAGGACGUCGCACUCAUUCAUUUGAAACAAGAAGAGGAAGCGUUAAAAAUUCUGACAGAAGAUUUGGGAGUAAAAAUAUUGAGAUUGAGAGAUCUAGACGAGAUAUACGAUAAGGGUGAUGAGGUAACAUUUGAUGGCUACGUGGUUGCCGAAGCUAACCAAGCCGACAGUCAAACAUUCAGCGGAGGAAACGAUAGUGAUGAUGCUAGUAAAAGUAGCAACGAUGAAGAAGAAGACGAUCGAGUGUUCUUCCCAUACAGCGAAAUUGGACAACUGUCCUUCCACACCCGCGAUCGAUUUUUCGCGACAACACCAGAACCUCUUCCAGAGGGUCUUUGCGGAGGACCAGUUCUCGAUUCCAAUGACAUGGUAUGUGGGAUUGUCGAGGGAAUAGUGUCAAAAGAUCACAAAAACAAAGAUAUUGCUGGAAGUGCAGCGCUCAUGCCCAACUACGUCAUGGCACCAUUCAUAGACUUUGCCGAGCGAUUGAUGCUGCAAAAGAUUCUUCCGAAGAACUUGUUCCAGAAGGCGGUCACAGCAAAAACUACGGGUCAAUUAGGAGGUGGAAUUUUCCAAAAGGACGCAGAAGGCAAUGUGCAACCAAGUGGCAACAGCCUUUCGUACGAGGAAGCAUUUGAUCGCGCCGUGGAUCAGCUGAAACAGAACCAUUCGGAGGAAGAAGUAAACGCAAUUUUGAACACAAUCCAACGAGAACGGAAAGAAGUAUUGGAAAUUAUGGACAAGGAAGGAGGUGAGCUAGAUGACGUUGUCGAACGCGUUAGGCAACGGACUUUGCAAGUUCGAGAAAUGAUUCAUGAAGAAUAUCGGAAGGAGCAUGCGAACGAUGCCGAUCCUUCUGUAGUAGAGGCAGAGAUUGUAGAGCGGUAGUAGAUAUUUGUUCUGCAUUAGAUUUGACUAACAAAUGCAGUACAUCACGAGCAGUAAUAUUCAAGUUAUGGUACUUUUAUUUUGGUUGUCCUUAUAUCAGGCAGCAUAUCGUCCAAGAAAGGCUUUACAUUAUUAUUUUUGGAAACUGCGUAUUCCAUUGCACAAGAUUGAAUACAUUCAUUGUGAAUAAUAUCAGUUAUAAUAUUUCAAAGUGUAUCUCAUGCCUUACACUUUACUCUACUCACGUUUCUGAUAUGCUAUUUUUCGUGUAUGUCAGUAUCUUCCUUAGCAAAGUUGAAUAUUGUAGGGAACUAUUUAAAUUUAAAACUAUGCAUCGGAUAAAAUAGUGACAGCAUCUUUUAUUUUCGAAUCAUCAACAAACUUUAUCGGCUCUCCAAAUCCAAUACGCUCCAGAAUCUUUCCAACUUCUAAGCAGUAGUCUUGGUGUCCCAUGAUGAGAUCAGAACAAUCGAUAUUCUCAACUCCGACCUGUUCUACAGGACAAGUCCCGCAUACAGGUUUGAGAAUUGAAAACAUACCAUUAUUAAAAGAUCCUCCCGAGAAACGUUUUGCUUGAAACAUAAGGGAGAGGAUAAGGUCGUUGUUUGAGUAGCAAUUCACCAAUCUUCCAGCAACGAUUUGUCUACAAGCUUUCCAAGAUGAGAGACUUAAAUGAUUCGGAAGACCCAAUAAAAUCGCAUCCUCCACGAUACUUGCAGGUUCGCGCAUUCCUUUCAUUUUCUGCUUAAAUCUCGUAAGUCGACGAUGCUMGUGAUGAUUCUGUCCAUUGGUAGCAGCAUUGCUCUCCUCAAGAAGUUCCUGAUAAUGUUCCCAUUCUUCCUGGUAGCGAGCCAAUUCUUUCAGACACGAAUAAAUUAUUCUGGCGCCAAAUGAAUACCCGACCAAUGUUACAGGCCUUCGUCCGGCCCUACUGUAAAGAAGCGUUUUAGCCAACACAACUCCAGCUUCGUCCGCUCUUUCUACCGCAAUCGUCCAGUCUCCAUCAAUCAUGUGUGCAAGAUUCAAAAGAUAGGUAGGCCAAAUAACCGCUGACAGGAGUGUAUGUAAAACGGUUUGCUUCAAAAUCUGUCUCGUAGCUCCACUAACGACGUCUACUGCCAAAUCCAUCACGCAAUCACAAAUUUGAGUCAAAAGUGCACUUUCCCAUUUUACCGUAUACAUUUCUCCUCCAUAAGUCGUUUUCCAGUCCCAGACAGUAGAUAAAUGCCUUGGGGGUUCGUACGGGAUUUCUUCUUCAACUUUCCUCUUUUCGAGUUCAGCAGACGAGUCCGAGUCGUACUUGUGCAAUAUGCUAUCCCCAGACAUGGAUGGGUUAUUCUGGAUAGCUAAUAUCCGUUGGCUCGAUGAUGGGCCAUGAAUUGAAUCAGAGUUUUCAUCCUUUUCAUUCAUAUUUGAUCCAGAUCUUCUAUUGAAACUACGCUUUUUCCAUCCAUUCCUCAUUUUUUCGAAAGGAGACAUCUGGUGUUCAUGUUCAUUCUGAGCUGCUUUUUCUUGUUCGGGUGCGACACUAUGGUAUCCAAGCUCAACAAAAAGUUUGUCUAGAAUUUCUUCUUGGUCGAGUGUCAGUGCCCCCUGCCGUUUGACAACAUCGCCGUUACUAUCGUGAACGCAAUCGAGAGGGAAAAUGUUGUCGGGAUCACUGCCAUACUUCUCCCUUAAAACUCUCCAUAAUUCGACUUCUUCACCCUUCCAACUAUUUAAAAUGCGCUCACAUUUUGGAAGGUGAUCUGGACUGUGGAUUGAAUAAAAGCGUUCCAGUUUCUCUAGACGAUCCGGGAUUCUUGGGUGCGUUGGUUGAAGUCCCCAAGGACGCUGGUAAUCGCAUGGGUCGGUCAGCCAACCAGAAAUGCAAAGAAUCGAGAACAGUUCCGCCUCUAAUUUUUCCUCAUUGCCGUCGCCGUUCUCGGGGUUACGGGGGCCGCGGCGGUCGGGUCUACCCUUCGUUUCUCGGCAGAAUUCAAACUCUGUGACACCCUGGGUUCGUCGCUGCAUCUUAUACGC